GGAAUCAGAACGGAUAAACAAAAUCUGGGAAAGGAAAUUCUUUGUUCUCAGGAACAGCUUCCAUGUCCUUAAGAACGAGAUGUUUACUAGGCACACAUUGUUUCGUCAGUUUGCGGUGCUUGCUGACACAUCCUUCAAUUAUGUUAAAGUAAAACCUUUAUAUGUGCAGUCUAAAGUGAACUUGACAGAUUCUGCAUCUUCUGGAAGUGAUCAUCAUGUAUCUUUGAUGGACAACAAGUACCUGGACAUAGUCGGUGAUCAGAUAUCCUUUCUGCCUUCACCAAAAGUGAGGUUGUCAGGAGCCCUGGAGGAACAGCCUUUGGAGAAGCCAUCGAAACCCCAGAACACCCCAGUGAACGACAUGGAUGCUACUGGGUAACGGGGCAGAACACUGGGCUGCGCAGAGCGGGACCACAGAAAGAGGGCCCUCACCAUCCUGGCGUGGGGCCUGCCUUCCUGGCGAGGGGUACCAUCUCCAAGGCGUUUCUAAAAUAACUGUUCCGUCUCUCCGGGUGAU